AUGCCCAAAGAUAUUUCAAGGCCGUCGCUACCGACAUCGUCCUCAGACUUUGCGCUGCCCCCAAUAUCCAGUCCUGGAGCUUCUGGUUCAUCUGUGACACUCGACGACCCCAACUAUUUACUUCAACGUUUUCGACGCCCUAGCCUCCUCUCAUCACGCAUCCAUAGCCCGCUCUCCUCGUCAUUUACUCUCCAUCAUGCGCGGCGACGUAGCCAGAGUCAAGCUGCCUUCAUCGCAGAAGAGUCUGAGAGCGAGAAAGAACGAAUGUCCACAGACUCGCCUAGCAGCUCUGAAAAUGCAACUCCACCCUUGAAAGGGUCUGAAAACGGCGAUGAUGAGCCAGUCACGGCCAAACCAAAGCCUUCGAAGCCUCCACUUACUCCACCCCGAAGGAGGUCAUCUGCUGCAAGCAUGGAUUCCGACAUGCCCACUAUUUUUAACAGACGACUCGCUUUCCCUCUUAAGCCGCCCCGUAUUUUAAAGAUCCUUUCAGAGCCGAAACCUGAAGAAGACGAAGUCAAGUCAGAAGCCGCUUUCCAGCGCCUGCUCCAUUCAAACUCUGAGCUACCUAUUCCUCCCCGGACACCAAGACCAUUUACCGACAGAGGGAGAUAUCCCGAGGAAGCGCCGGUACAUGAAGAAGAAACACAGCGGGAAGAGACACCAAGCGACGAUGAGCUCGAGCUGGACGAACCCUUUGCAUUCAGCGCACCUCCUCCGCCCGCCACUGGCACCCAGCCUAUCAACAUUGUACGACAAAAGACACAGACGCCUGCUGGAAGUGCUGCUGGGAGUGUCAACGGAGACGAUGCUAGCAUGCUGAUGAGCGUCUCCGAGACCAGCUCCUCCAGCUUUGGAGGCAAUAAUAUGAUGGAUGUCGAUAUGGUUCCUGGGUCUCCUCUCCUGCCAUCCAUUUCAAGUACCUCUUGGAGGUAUACCCCGCCACCAACGUCAAGUGCCGUCCGUUCUAACAAACGAAAACUGGAAGAUAGGUUCGAUCCAUACCCUACAAGCUCGAAGCGCAGGGCAGUUUCUCCGUCCCUGCACUAUCUACGCGACCCUAUGAUGGCUUCCAUGAGUUCUCCAAUGGGGAGAGGCAACAAUGGAAAUCCGAGGGCCUAUCCCAUCUCUAUUCCCAUCACUAUUCCUUCAUCCACAGCAAGCUCCGCUGCAUCAUCACCCACCAUCGCAUCGAGUUCAUACACACAAUACCCUAGGCUGGCUAGCAACACUUCGAGUCCGACCAUGAGGUCUGCGCCCAUGUUGCUAGCAAGUCCAAUAUUGAGGCCUAUACCUCGUCGAAGGCAGGAGGGAGAAGAGAGAGAAGUUGCCGGGGCUGGAGAGGCAGUCAAUGGGCUCACCCUUACUGAGUGA